ACAACUACCCUGAACAUCCUCAGAGACAGAUAGAACGAGGACCUUCAGAGAUGGCCUCCAGCUCCAAGCAGCAGCUGCAGGCUCCUACUCUCCUCUUGGUGGCAGCUCUGCUCUUCCUCGUCUGCGCUGCAAGUGUCCAGGCAGCAAGGCCGGCACCAGGAUCGAAGGACCACAUGCCACAGCUCGCUGUCUCCGCGACCGUAGUUGGCGACGAGAAGAGUGGCUCGGUGCCCGGGAUGGAAAUGCAUGAGGCAGAGCCUGAGGCGAUGGAGGAGUGCGAGGGGGAGGAGUGUCUCAUGAGGAGGACACUGGUCGCUCACACCGACUACAUCUACACCCAGGGGAAGCACAACUAGCCACUAGUGUGCAGGCUCACGCCGAACAGUGAAGUUCAGAAGAAAAGAAUUUCGCAUGGUCCACGAGCUACUAGCUUACCUGAAGUUCUGCAGCUCUGUCAGCAGUGGAUCAUCUUCAUAUGUAGGAGUACCUUAGUCGCCCGUGUGAUUUCCAUCAGCUUCUCGAGCUCAUGUAUUUGUACGACCUGGAAUGGUAUCCAUGAUCUUGGCUUGAGACGCUAAAUGGAAAUUCUAGACUAUUAUACUGUACUCCCUGUAAAUACUGAAUCAGCAAGUGUAGUCCUGUGCUUCAGUUGUAAGAAACUCUGGUUGUCUCCA